AUGAGGAUGUGCAAGGCCCCCGAGCUUCUCAAGAAGGCGGUGACUGUGUUCAAGAGCAAGACUGACGCCCUAAGAACAAAGCUCCUCGUCCUGGCCCGGCUCCGCCGCAAGAUGGCGAUGGUCCGUGCAAUUUCUGACAGGAUCCAUGCGCUCGUGUCGUCAGACCGAGAGAAGCAGGCAAGGUUGGAGUACGGAGGCAAGACACUCGUCUUGCACGAGGUGGUGACAGGGAUCCAGGGGCCAGCUGAUCAUGAACUUGAUGGUGUCAUUGAUCUAUCAGAGGUGGCGAUGUUUGAGGAAGAUGAGCAUGACUACCCUGACUGGACGCACUCACUGUUCAACGACGACGACAACUAUAUUAACGAUGAUGAGGGUGAUGAAGGCCAUGAUGGUGUUCUUGAUGUGCUCGACGAGCCCUCUGUGAUCGAUGUCAUCAGGAGCAACCGGGAGGUGGAAGGUUUGGAGUUCAAUAUGGAUGAUGAGAUUGAUCAGGCUUGUGACAUGUUCAUAAGGAGGUUCCGGACACGGAUGAAUAGGAGCUUUUAG